AUGCCUAGUCAAGCAUAUUGGAGAAAAACAGGGCAUGUACCUAUCAAGCCACUUGUUUAUUACGUCCAACCAGGAAGGCCCAAACUAAGCAAAAAUAAAGAACCUGAUGAAAUACCAAGAGGGGGCAACCUAGACGUACUAGAGCAAGAUGCGGCAGGAGGGGAAGAUGAGCUUGCCAAUGCAAGUGGAAUGGUUGGUGUCAGGGGCAGAGGUGUUGUGAAAGGUAUAUGUGUUGUGAGUGAACAACAACAAACUCAGGCCACACCAAAGCUUAAGAGAGCUAUGGUUGCAACAGGUGAGAAGAGGAGCCCAUGUCUCCUAAGUCAUAGAAAACCAAUCUAUUUGCUGGUUCACAACCUACUCAAGUGUAACAUCCCACAUCGACCAACGAAGAGGGGGUGA